UUGGUGCCCUUUAACACUAGAAAGUAAUUAACCGCCUCCCUCCGCCCUCUUUGCAUCGACUGAAAAUUUGGAAUUGGGUAUAUUCUAGAGUACUCUUUUGCGUUUACAUUUUCCUUUUUCUUUGUGUUUUCUUUUGGGCUUUUUAACACGACGAUAGGCGGAGGAUCUAUGGCGGUUUCUUCUUCCUGUUCCUUGGAUUGCCCUGUCUAUUGGCUUGUGGACAUGACCAAAAUUAUAGCCGGGCAUGAUUGUCCCCCACUACAGCCGGAGGCGGGCAAGGCAGCCUUGGUUGCGGCGUUGCUGCUGAUAAUCUUACUUUCGUGGGUGCUUAUUUCCAUGGACAAUUUCCGAGAUGCUAUUUUCAUGUGCCAGCAUGGAAUUUGCAGGCCCAUGCGGAAGGUCAUGGGUCUAUUAACAUGGAUGGGAGCCCUUGGGGUGAUCAUCAAGCUUCUUCCGAGCUUGGUUGCUAAUGGCUAUGGUGUUUGCGAGUUGUAUCGCUAUGUUGUUGCCUUUGGGUUUGUGUUUUACAUUGGAAUUGUCUUCAGGGCAUGUCUGUCACUUUUUCAAACUUGGCCAACUGUAUCAUUGUCCACUAGUUAUAAGCCACGAUCCAUGGAGGAAAACAAUUUUGAAACGUAUGGCUGCUUUACGUCAUAUUCAGACAUUGACAAUAUACGCAGAGACAUGAACUACCUAACCUCGCAUGCGAGGCACAUGAUAGACAUUGGUUCUUUGUCAGUCCGCCUGGUACCAGUAGUUCUCAUGCUAGUGUUGAUAGCUAUACGGUGGAACCCUCUACAUAUCCUGAUAAUGUUCUUCUACUGGAUAUGCUUAACCAUUGUGGUCAUGCAAUGGUCCUUACCCCAUUUUGCCUAUAGUGCCUUGUUUUGCAGUCAAAUUGAAGUUGUGCCUCUGCAUGACAAAAAAGUUGAAUCAGUGAUACGACAUUUAGGCCUGUCACCUCUGCAGAUAUUCUUGCUUAAGACUGGCAAUGCGGUUUUCAAUAUGGCCAAGCUGAUUCUGUACUUUGCAAGUUCUAGGCUUCGGUGUUUUGUGAGGAUGAUCCACCGGUAGAAACAGCUUGGUAUCUGUUGAUUGAUGUGGCAUUACAGGGAGAAUGGUUCUCAGGACUUCUGAUUUGGACUAGGAAACGGUGAUUAACUGCCUUUUGAAAGAAAGAUGUUUGAUAGGAGUAUAGAACUGAAAGGAAUUCACAACUCUAGUAUCAAGUUUGAAUGCAGACCGGUGGAUGCUGUGAUACCGUUGGUUCAGUUUCAGAACGUACUGGAGCAUGAAUGAUUUAGUAAAUCCAAGAAUAUCUGAAGUUUCAUGGUGUGCUUUGCAGAACAGAAGCUUUUGACUCUGUAAAGAUUAAGGAGCGAGGAGAAUUUUAAUUUAUUUUGUCCUUUGUUUCUCUUGGUCUGGGUUUCUUAUUUGUUGUUCUGUUGCUUAGGACUUCUUAGAUGUGGUUCCCAUCGGGUUCAUGUUUUGCAGCGAAAGGACAUGAAGCUGCCUACUUUAAUUUAGCUUACUGCAUGUGGCAACCAGCUGUGUGAAGCUUUGAUUGUACAUAUGCCAACUUUCCCAAUGUCCCCAAAGUAAUAUGCGAACACCUCUGGAGUGGUGGAGGCUGAUCUCGUCUUUUAUUUCUUCUCGUCGAUCA